AGUCCCGAAGAGUUGCCCGGUGGCCGCGGCAGACGGAAGCCGAGCGAGAGUCUCGGCAGCGACAGGAUGGGGGACUCCAAAGUGAAAGUGGCCGUCCGGAUCCGGCCCAUGAACCGAAGAGAAAUUGACUUGCAUACCAAAAGUGUGGUGGAUGUGGAUGCAAACAAGGUUAUUCUUAAUCCUGUAAAUACUAAUCUUGCCAAAGGAGAUGCCCGAAGCCAGCCAAAGGUGUUUGCAUAUGAUCAUUGUUUUUGGUCUAUGGAUGAAUCUGUCAGAGAAAAGUAUGCAGGUCAAGAUGAUGUUUUCAAAUGCCUUGGGGAGAAUAUUCUUCAGAAUGCUUUUGAUGGCUACAAUGCAUGUAUCUUUGCCUAUGGACAGACUGGGUCUGGAAAAUCUUAUACCAUGAUGGGCACAGCUGACCAACCUGGAUUAAUCCCGAGACUUUGCAGUGGACUCUUUGAACGGACUCAGAGAGAGGAAAAUGAAGAGCAGAGUUUUAAAGUAGAAGUGUCCUAUAUGGAAAUUUAUAAUGAGAAAGUUAGAGACCUUCUUGAUCCAAAAGGAAGCCGUCAAACGUUAAAAGUCAGAGAGCACAAUGUAUUGGGACCCUAUGUUGAUGGACUUUCUAAACUGGCUGUCACAAGCUAUAAGGAUAUUGAGUCUUUGAUGUCUGAGGGUAACAAAUCUCGUACAGUUGCUGCCACCAACAUGAACGAAGAGAGCAGCCGAUCCCAUGCAGUCUUCAAAAUCACCCUCACACAUACUUUGUACGACAUGAAGUCUGGGACGUCCGGAGAGAAAGUGGGCAAGCUGAGCUUGAUAGACUUAGCUGGCAGCGAGCGAGCCACCAAAACUGGAGCUGCAGGUGACAGGCUGAAGGAGGGCAGCAACAUCAACAAGUCCCUCACAACCCUCGGUCUGGUUAUCUCAGCGCUAGCAGAUCAGAGUGCUGGCAAAAACAAGAAUAAAUUUGUUCCGUAUCGUGAUUCAGUUCUCACUUGGCUGCUGAAAGACAGUCUUGGGGGUAACAGCAAGACAGCCAUGGUAGCAACUGUGAGUCCGGCAGCUGAUAACUAUGACGAAACCCUUUCAACUCUGCGGUAUGCAGAUCGUGCCAAGAACAUCGUGAACCAUGCUGUGGUGAAUGAGGAUCCUAAUGCACGAAUUAUCCGAGAUCUCCGGGAAGAAGUAGAGAAACUCCGAGAGCAGCUAACCAAAGCAGAGGCAAUGAAAUCUCCAGAGCUAAAAGACCGGCUGGAAGAAUCAGAGAAGCUAAUCCAGGAAAUGACUGUGACCUGGGAGGAGAAAUUAAGGAAAACUGAGGAGAUUGCACAGGAGCGACAGAAACAGCUUGAGAGCCUUGGAAUAUCUCUUCAGUCUUCUGGAAUUAAAGUCGGGGAUGAUAAAUGUUUCCUUGUUAAUCUGAAUGCUGAUCCUGCUCUGAAUGAACUUCUGGUUUACUAUUUAAAGGAACAUACAUUGAUAGGUUCAGCAAAUUCCCAGGAUAUCCAACUAUGUGGAAUGGGAAUUCUCCCUGAACAUUGUAUUAUAGACAUCACAUCAGAAGGCCAGGUUAUGCUGACUCCUCAAAAGAAUACCAGAACAUUUGUAAACGGCUCUUCUGUGUGCAGUCCCAUACAGCUACACCAUGGGGACAGGAUAUUAUGGGGAAACAACCACUUCUUCAGACUGAAUUUGCCUAAGAAGAAAAAGAAAGCAGAUCGAGAAGAUGAGGAACAGGACACCUCCAUGAAGAAUGAUACCAGUUCUGAGCAGCUGGAUGUAGACGGAGACUCCUCCAGUGAGGUGUCCAGUGAAAUCAACUUCAAUUAUGAAUAUGCACAGAUGGAGGUUACCAUGAAGGCUCUGGGCAAUAACGAUCCAAUGCAGUCAAUACUGAACAGCCUGGAACAGCAGCAUGAAGAGGAGAAGCGCUCUGCCUUGGAGCGCCAGAGGCUUAUGUACGAACACGAAUUGGAGCAGCUUCGAAGAAGGCUGUCUCCUGAGAAGCAAAACUCUCGCUCCAUGGACAGAUUUUCUUUCCACUCACCCAGCGCCCAGCAGCGAUUGAGACAGUGGGCCGAAGAGAGAGAAGCAACACUGAAUAACAGCCUAAUGAGGCUGAGGGAGCAAAUUGUUAAAGCCAACCUGCUGGUGAGAGAAGCUAGUUACAUUGCAGAAGAACUGGAUAAAAGAACAGAGUAUAAAGUAACUCUGCAGAUUCCAGCCUCCAGCCUUGAUGCCAACAGGAAGCGAGGCUCUCUUCUUAGUGAGCCCGCCAUCCAGGUGAGAAGAAAAGGAAAAGGAAAGCAGAUUUGGUCUUUGGAAAAACUGGACAACAGGUUGUUGGAUAUGAGAGACCUUUAUCAGGAGUGGAAGGAGUGUGACGAGGAUACCCCAGUAAUACGGUCUUACUUCAAGCGAGCUGAUCCAUUCUAUGAUGAACAGGAGAAUCAUAGUCUCAUUGGCGUGGCUAAUGUCUUCCUUGAGUCCCUCUUCUAUGAUGUGAAGUUACAAUAUGCGGUUCCCAUUGUGAACCAGAAAGGAGAGGUGGCAGGUCGGCUGCAUGUAGAGGUGAUGCGAAUCAGUGGUGAUGUGGGGGAAAGAAUUGCCGGAGGUGACGAUGCCACAGAGAUCUCCUGUGAUAAGGAAACCCAGGAGAACAAGCUGGUAUGCAUGGUUAAAAUACUCCAAGCCACUGGGUUGCCACAGCAUCUGUCCCACUUUGUAUUCUGCAAAUACAACUUCUGGGAUCAGCAGGAGCCAGUCAUUGUUGCACCCGAAGUGGAUACCUCAUCCUCUGCUGUCAGCAAGGAACCUCAUUGCAUGGUGGUCUUUGAUCAUUGCAAUGAGUUUUCUGUUAAUAUCACUGAAGACUUUAUCGAGCAUCUUUCAGAAGGGGCAUUGGCAAUUGAAGUAUAUGGACACAAGAUGAAUGAUCCUCGGAAAAACCCAGCCCUGUGGGAUCUGGGGAUUAUCCAAGCAAAAACACGUAGUCUUCGGGACAGAUGGAGUGAAGUCACCAGGAAAGUGGAAUUCUGGGUUCAAAUCUUGGAGCAGAACGAGAAUGGUGAAUACUGCCCUGUUGAAGUAAUUUCUGCUAAGGAUGUGCCAACAGGAGGAAUCUUCCAACUCCGGCAGGGGCAGUCCCGGCGAGUCCAAGUGGAAGUGAAGUCUGUGCAGGAAUCUGGGACGUUACCAUUGAUGGAAGAAUGUAUAUUGUCUGUUGGCAUUGGAUGUAUCAAAGUUAGACCGCUCAGAUCCCCCAAGAUACAUGAGCUCUUCCAUGAGGAAGAGGAGGACAUGGACAGCUACCAGGAUCGGGAUUUAGAGAGACUACGUAGAAAAUGGCUAAAUGCGUUAACCAAACGUCAAGAGUACUUAGAUCAACAAUUGCAAAAGCUUGUCAGUAAACAUGAUAAAACAGAGGAUGAUGCUGACCGUGAAGCUCAGCUUCUAGAGAUGAGAUUGACUCUGACUGAGGAGAGGAACGCGGUGAUGGUGCCCUCUGCUGGCAGCGGGAUCCCAGGGGCUCCAGCAGAAUGGACCCCCGUUCCCGGGAUGGAAACACACAUUCCUGUUAUAUUCCUUGACUUAAAUGCUGAUGAUUUCAGCUCUCAGGAUAAUCUUGAUGACCCUGAAGCUGGUGGAUGGGACGCUACCCUUACUGGGGAAGAAGAGGACGAGUUCUUUGAACUGCAGAUUGUAAAACAUCAUGAUGGAGAGGUGAAAGCAGAAGCCUCUUGGGACUCUGCAGUGCACAGUUGUCCUCAGCUCAGUAAGGGCACACCUGCGGAAGAGCGAGUGUUUCUCAUUGUGCGGGUGACGGUCCAGCUCAGCCAUCCGGCUGACAUGCAGCUGGUCUUACGCAAACGAAUCUGUGUCAAUGUUCACGGCCGGCAGGGUUUUGCUCAGAGUCUCAUAAAAAAGAUGUCACAUCGAAGUUCUAUUCCUGGCUGUGGAGUGACUUUUGAAAUUGUCUCCAAUAUUCCAGAGGAUGCCCAGGGAGUAGAGGAGCGAGAAACAUUAGCAAGAAUGGCAGCUAAUGUUGAAAACACGGCUUCUGCUGACUCAGAGGCUUAUAUUGAAAAAUACCUCCGAAGCGUGCUGGCUGUGGAGAAUCUCCUCACUCUGGAUCGUCUUCGCCAGGAAGUUGCAGUGAAGGAACAGCUGACGGGAAAAGGGAAGCUGAAUAGGAGGAGCAUUAGCUCUCCUAACGUGAACAGAUUGUCCAGUAGCCGACAAGAUCUUAUUCCAUCCUACAGUCUAGGCAGCAACAAGGGCCGGUGGGAAAGUCAACAGGAUGUAUCACAAGCUGCAGUUUCCAGAGGAGUAGCUCCAGUUGCCCCAUCCCUCCCUGUUUCUCCCCAAAAUAACCAUUCUCCUGACCCAGGACUUGGUAGCCUGGCGGCCUCCUACUUGAAUCCGGUAAAAUCCUUUGUGCCACAGAUGCCGAAGCUGCUGAAGUCUCUCUUCCCUGUGCGUGACGAGAAAAGGGGCAAACAGCUGUCUCCCCUCGCACAUCAGCCGGUGCCCCGAAUCCUGGUGCAGUCUGCCCUCCCAGAUGUCGGGCCGAUCAGGAUGGCGGAGCUACAGGCUCACCAAGAGGGCGUGCAGAUUAGCGCGGCUCCUGACGGGGCUGUGCAGACGGCCCCUGUGGCGAAGAUCUGCGACAGACCAACCAAAGCACCUCCCCAGCAGGCCAUCCCUGCCAACACCCAGGCCCCGGACACUCAGGAGGGGCCGCCCAGCCCCCUGAGCGAGGCCUCCAGCGGGUACUUUUCCCACAGUGUUUCCACCGCCACGCUGUCUGAUGCACUCAUCCCUGGCCUGGAUGCCGCUGCCCAGGCUGGCGGGCAGACGCCCGGCUCGCCCCCUCCUGCCCUCUGCCAGGACAGCCCGGAGGCCGAGCUCCCGCUUCCACCUGCAACAGCCAGCACAGACAGUCUUUCUGCCCAGGUGGGGGCUCAGAGCAGCCUUCCGUCACUGCCCAGCCCGGCGAAGCAGAAUGCUCGGGGCGGCAGCAGUGGUGCAUCCGAGGCUAAGGAAGCAGGUUCCUGGGAGAAGCCAAACAAAGAAGCCAGCGCUUCUCCAACUUGUCUUCCCACCUCUGCCCCCCAGAACGAAUCACCCAGCCAGCAGAGUGGAGAAGUUUCCUCUGCCACCCAGCAGCCAGAAAGACCCCAGGACCAGGCGAAGCCCGCCACUGGCUUGGAGCUGGAUGUCUGCAAACCACAGCUGCCUUCUGAUCUCCUGCCUCAGGCGCCUGCCCCAGCAUCUCCGUUCAGAAUCCGGAAGGUGAGGACCUCGGAGCUGAAGUCGUUCACGCGCAUGCUCGGCGGAGAGCCUGGCUGCCCCUCUGGUGCUGAGGAGGACCCCCUGGUCCCUGGGGGGCCGGGCAGCGGGAGCUCUGGGGGACAGGCCCUGGGAAAGCCAGAAGUCUCCUCAGAUUCUGAAGAAGCCAGCGAAGUCCCCGAGUGGCUCAAGGAGGGAGAAUACGUUACCGUGGGCACCAACAAAACGGGCAUCGUGAGGUACAUCGGGCCGACGGACUUUCAGGAGGGCACGUGGGUCGGCGUGGAGCUGGACUUACCUUCAGGUAAGAACGACGGCUCCAUCGGAGGGAAGCAGUACUUCAGGUGCAACCCCGGCUACGGGCUGCUGGUGAGGCCGGGCCGCGUGCGCAGGGCGGGGGGCGCGGGCCGCCGGCGCAGCGCAGGCCUCAGGCUGCAGGGCGCCCCCGAGCCCCGCAGGAGCAGCACCCUCUCCGGCUCCGCCAGCAACCUGGCCUCCCUGACGGCAGCCUUGGCCAAGGCCGAGGGCCCCGCGACACUCCGGGCCGACCGGAGCCACAGGAACCCCGAGAACCGCAAGUCCUGGGCCAGCUAAGCCGCGCCCACCGCACCCUCCCUGGUGGCGUCCUCCCGGGCCGGCAACACUGACGCGGUGGCGGUGCUGCCGAGCCUUGCUGCCCACAGCCCUGGGUCGGAGCAAAGUGGGCCUUGUCGCCUCAGACCCCCUCCCCCGGGGAGCAGGGCCCACAAUGCUUCUUAGACGCUGCAGGGCUGAGGGCCUCGCUGCUUCUCCGAGGCCUCUGGAAGCUCUGUUUCUUCCUCUGCCCGGACAACCAGGCGGCUUCACGGCAGGUGGCGGCUGUGGAGCUCCAGGAGCCCAGAGUGGCCCUGGGCAUGGGGAGCGGGGUGCCCUGCGGCCUGGGCUGUUCCCACCUGGCGGUGUUGCUCUGUCUUCUGCUCUGGUGACCCCAUUAACCUCUUAAUUUAAAACAUAAUCCUAACCCGUGCCUUCCCUUCCCUCAGGGGCAGGCUGUCCUCUCUCCCCCCCCUCCCCCCGGCUGGUGCCUAGACC